AGGCGCUAUUUGUAGUUGUCACAGGUUUAUAAAUCAUUUAUUAGUUAGCAUUUGGAAUCCAGGCAAAAUGGGUAUUAUAUUAUCAAGGAAAUUCUUCAUAUUCUUGUGUUUCAUUUGUGGAAUUUAUAUAGGAUAUUUAAUGAUUAUGUUUCGUACAUUUCAACGUUUUUCACCUGAAUCAACAAACAGUAGUUAUACAUGGAUAAUAACGUUAAUAAAUACAGACGAGAAACAGCUAGAACAUCCUGUCAUACCGAGUACAGAUUGUGUAGUAUUAUAUGUCAACCGUCCGAAAGGGGAAUACACCAUAAAAAGAAAUGGUUUUGAGCGUCGUGGUAAUGUAACAGAAUUACAAAGUUCCGAAAAUGAAUCAAGGAAUCUUGGCGAUUGGAGGAUUCUCUGUUAUCUGUAUGCGAUCGCUAAUGGCGCACUGCAAAUUUACGAAAUUGGCCCUGGCGUAAAUUUAAAUAGUAUACAAUUGCAAAACCCAACACAUCGUACAGAAAAGAGUUGGAGAGAAUAUGGACUGGUCUAUUUUAAAAGUGCUUAUUUUAAGCCUCAUAUACAUUUUUAUACAGAUCAGAGUUGCUCAUAUCGUUUACGACAAGUUCAUCCGUUGAUAAAACAUGGUAUGGUUGUGUAUAGUGAUCCUGGGAUCGCCAAGCCAGUAAACCUCACCAACAGAGCGCCACCUGUCUUUUUAUCUCCUGGUGUUUUUUCCUAUUUUUCUAUCAAAAAUACUCUCUAUACACAUGAAGCACUAUGGGCCCUCUUCACACCACAAACCAGCCCGAUGCACCUUAGCGACGUCUGUAGAAAUCUCAUCAAUCAACGACUUUUGUGGGAAAUAGGUGGAACUGUUGGAUUUUAUUCUCCUAGUGCCAUUAUCGAAUCCAGAAGUCCUGUGUUGGCUUCUGCCCAACAGGCAUCAAUCGCCCGAAAAGAAAAACGUUUACUUUUAAAUUUUCUUCUGAAAUGGAGGUGCGCUUCAUCGUGUUCCUUCUUUGAGUGCAUGAUCCAAAUUACAAAAGAUUUAGCUCGAAACAAGACAUUUGGUUUCUUUGAUUCACAAAAUACCGCUUUGGUAGAAGCGUGGCUGGAGGACCUAUCUUCUCAUGGUUACAGGGAACCACCACGCGUUGAAUGGAAAGUUAUAGUGGACGGAAGUAAAACAGAGUUAAGUUUAAACGAAAGCAGGGUUAUAUACACUCGACCCAAAAGGACAUUGACUCUUCCCGAACACGUGACCGCCAUGUCUACAAUUUGUCCAAACAUGACAAAGUCAGUCAAACCAAGUCAAAAAUCAGAAAAUAUUUUAUUAUUGGUCAUAUUUAAUUUUCCUCAUUAUGGCAACAUCCCCUCACUUCACAAAACAUACAGUUAUUCGUUUUCAAAAAUAGUUUAUUGUGGUUCUCAUAUUGACCAGUUCCGGAAUAAGUCUGCUGAGUUUGGAUUUAACGUCACGUUUAUUGAGCUCGGGCAUAAAUACAUGCUGAAUGGAGCUUAUUUUUAUCGGUGUAUGGAAAAAGUGAUGCGGAUGAACUAUGACGUUGAGGGUUAUCUCCUCAUAGGUGAUGACGUAUUAAUCAAUCCAUGGCGGAUACAAUCAUAUCCCAAAAAUAAAAUGUGGCUACCCAAAGGAAAUUAUGCGCGUCUUAGUAUGAAGAAACCGGGAUGGGUUCAUUGGGAUGCAUUUUAUGGCCGAGAGGCAAUGAAACGUUUGUUAAACGUCCUCGAAACAAACUAUAGUGAGCGUUAUGAAAGAUUUAAACAUAAUUUCAUUCGAAAUACGGGCUGCGAUGACGGUGUGCCUUAUGGAGGUUCCGAUAUUGUCUAUAUUCCUAAAAUUUUGAAAGAUGAUGCCUUAUUCUAUUUAGAGUUAUUUUCUAACCAUUCUAUAUUUUUAGAAAUAGCUGUACAUAGUAUUGUGUUCGGUAUGCAACCAGAAGAAAAUGUGUUUAAGUUACCAGGCGCUUAUCUGUGGACUGGGGCACAAAAGAGCAGAACAUAUUCAUUUUUUAAACCUUCAAUUUUCUUUUUACAUCCUUUUAAAUUUGGACCCGAGUUAAAAAAACGGACCGGAAAAGAGUUUUUCUGUACGCAAUAUGUACCGUAUUUAUUUUCUGAAAGAAACUUAACAAAGUGAAUAUUGUCAAUUGUUUAAUUAUGGAAUUACAUAAAUACCCAAGUUCAACUUGGAAUAUUAGAAAACAGUUUAAUGUGUGCCAGCCCAUGAAAUGGGAAUUGUUUUCAAGCGUGCUAUCCCAGGAAAUGGAAAAGAAAUACCCAUGAAAUGGGAUCGCAAAAUUUGUAAAUUAGGGGUUAUUUACAAUGUUUCACUGACCUCGUUUGUGCAGUAACUUUUUAAAGUGUCGUUAAUGUAAAUUUCAAAUGGCCUUAGCUGGAUUUGUUUAAUUUUUCUACUAAAUGAUUUUGGUUAGAUUAGAUGAGUCUAACUUUAGGCUACAAUUCCCCUGCUUGUUGAAUAUUGAUUAAAAUAUAUGUUCUAAGCCGUAACUUUCAGUAUUUAUUUUUAAUAUAAUGUAAUGAGUGUCGGGGGGGGGGGGGGUAAUUCUGGGCACAACAUGAGAGAUUUAGCCCAAAUUGGAUUCUGUAUAUACUCUUAAAAAAAUAGUAGGGGAUAUUCAGAAACAAUACAAAACUGCGGAAGUGCACUGCUGUUUUUAUUAGAGGUAACCAGUGUAUGUGAAUAACAGGCCAAUUGCCUACACAUGAACAUAAACAGUUCAUAUGGGUGACUUAUCUGACGGCCCCAUUUCACUCGCAAAGAGAUACACUGUCAAAAGUGAAAAUGGACCUUUUUGAUUUUUGUCUUAAUAAUGAGUAAUUGCUCCACCAAUCCUCAGACAUUCAGCAAUUCGUCGUGCCAUGCUUCUAAUCAACCGUCCAAUCACGAUUUGGGUCAAUCUGACCCACUCCCAUUGCAAUGCCACGGCCAAUUCUUGCAGUGUUGUCGGUUGACGCUGACGUCGACGAACACUUCCCCCGGUCAAAUUAAACGUAACACACUAAAACAAAGAUACGCUAAACAGUAAAUAUUAUGCAAGAACCGAUAGGAAAGCAAACAUGGAUAGGAUAAACCAGCAAACGGCAGUUUUCAUCAACCCUUCUUUGAAGUGUCAAAUUUGACAAUGAACCCCUCCCACGUGUAUCAUCUGUGAACAUACCCUCAGAGCAUGUCAAGUGUCAAUGACUAUUUAUCAUAUCACAACCUGCCUAGGUAUUUGCAUUUCAAUAUCACCUACUUUUUUUGAAGAGUAUAGUUUACAGAGAAAACUGUAUUUCUUUUUAACAGCCUUAUUCGAUGCUAAAAAGAUUCGGUCUGGUGAACAUUAAACAAUGUUCAAAUAGUGUGUACAGCCAGGGUCGUCUUCACCCAUGGACACGCUGGACAACAGUUGCCAGUUGGAGUGGGGUGGGUGACGGUUGAUCUGUACAGCAUGUACACAAACAAUAAAUAUAUGUUUAAUUUAUCUACCCUUUACACCCGUCCAUCAACAAUUAACGUGUGAACGUGAAAGAUGCCACGGUUUUGAGAGGAUGAACCCUAUAGAUAUUCAGCAUUGCCCGACAUUUGUACCUAUGCCCUCAUUUCCCAAACCUUUUGAACGCGAUUGAGGUUGUAGUUUGUAAUGGAGCUUUUUCAAAUUUGAUGGGAAGCAUUGUGCUCAUAAGAGAGUGAACCCUAUCAACGUUCCGUGAUUUUCCUUUCCUAAGUUCUUCCACUGUGUCGGAUAUAAGCUGGAGCUAUUGACGUUUGACAUUUUCUGCAAAUUUGGUGUGAAGCAAUGUGGCCAUUAGAGGUCGAAUCCCAUCGAUAUUCAACAUUCUGUGACUUUAGGGGGGUUGGAUGGCCAAAUGGUAAGCACAUGCGCGCUGGCGGGGUUUCGAUUCCCCGGUUGUACGUGACAAGGAGUAGGGUCGCCUGUCUAACCUCGUGGGUUUUCUCCGGGUCCUCCGGUUUCCCCCCACUGCUAAAGACCCUUGAAGGUUCAUACUUUGCAAAUUUCAACCAUUGUCUUAUGUUUGCCUGUGAACGAAAUAAGGCGGGGAGGGGGCGAAUAGUUAGCGCAUGCGUAUUGUUUAUAUUGUAACCGUUGAUAGGCUCGUGUGUCAUGCAAAUAGUUUUUCUGCUUAGCACUGGCUAAUCGUGCGUAAAUAUUUCGUAAGUCAUGACGUAACGUUAUGUAAACAAUGUGGAGCUAUGUUUCAACCCGAAUUACAUUGUUACGCAGUUAGGCAUUGGUUGUUAAUCGGACUAUUGACCAGUCAUAAUUUGGAACAGAAAUUUGCUUUCGUUACGGCAGUGCUUGAGUGUGAUUAGGUCUAUUAUAUUUGUAUACUAUAUACUGUUUAUGUUAUAGAUUCUUUUUUUAUAGUCAUAUUUCGAUUUGGGGUUGGGGGUCCUUUAUUGUGCUAAUAUUCAGUCUAUGUUUGAAACUUUGUUUUAUUGAUAAUACUAUUUUAAUUUAUGUAUAUGGCUUCUUUAUCACAGUGCUAGUAUUCUUGUUAUUUAAGAAGUCAAAGAAAAUGAAUCUUAAUUUUUAUAAGUGUUAUAAAGACUUUUUGUUAAACCGUUUCUCAAUUAUCACUAUUUCAGGAUGUUUGAGUGCUGUUAAUUCUUAAAUAUAUAUUUUUAAAUAAAAUUUA